UGUUAUUGUUUUGUCAUUUUCGUAGUACAAACAUAUAUGCACAGGGAAGCAUUGAGAGUAUUAUAAGGAGCUAAAGAAAAAAAACGAAAUAUAUAUAUAAAAAACGAAAGAGCAGAAAAGAAAAAUACAAGCAAUUUAUCAAUCUACAAGUUGAUUAAAAAGAUUUUCAAUUAGGGGCAAACAGUGAAUUUGUCGAAAUAUUGAUGUUGUUUUGUCAUAUUUUUUUUUUGUUAGUUUGAAGACACACUGUUUUACGUCAGCAAGUUUUGGUGGUAUUCAAUUGCAUUCGGAUUUUUGACGGAUAUUUCGUAUAAACGGAAAAUCAUCGUUGUUUUUUUUUUAACGUGUACAUAAAGUGAGAAAUCAAUUGACCACAAUAUACAACACUAUAGAACGAAGAAAUUAACAAACAUCAAAUAUAACAAUUGUAGCAAACACAUUUAUCGACACUUACACACGGCAUACGAGAGUAAAAAUUAAUAGACGAAAACAACAAAAACAAUUUUUUUUGUCAUAGAAAUUAUCAACAUAGGUAUAAGCGUUCAAAAUGGCGAACAUGGCGGUAUCUCGAAUAAAGAGGGAAUUUAAAGAAGUCAUUAAAAGCGAAGAGAUUGUUCAAUGUUCGAUCAAAAUUGAAUUAGUAAAUGACAGUUGGACAGAAUUACGAGGUGAAAUUGCUGGCCCACCAGACACACCAUAUGAAGGCGGAAAAUUUCAAUUGGAAAUCAAAGUGCCAGAAACUUAUCCAUUCAAUCCCCCAAAGGUUAGAUUCAUUACACGAAUUUGGCAUCCGAACAUAUCAUCGGUGACUGGUGCUAUUUGUUUGGAUAUUUUAAAAGACAAUUGGGCUGCUGCUAUGACACUGCGUACUGUGCUGCUAUCGUUACAAGCUCUAUUAUCGGCCGCUGAACCAGACGAUCCACAAGAUGCGGUUGUUGCAUCUCAAUACAAAGAAAAAUACGAAAUGUUUGUGUUGACAGCAAAACAUUGGACAAAUGCAUAUGCAGGUGGUCCAAAUCGUAAUCAAGAUUGCGAUCAAAAAAUUCAGCGUUUACGUGAUAUGGGCAUACAAGAGCAUGAGGCCAGAUCGGUGUUGUCGAAGGAGAAUUGGAAUUUAGAAAAAGCCACCGAAAAUCUGUUCAGUUAGCUCCAAAACAAAGAGAAUUCCUAAAUUAUCGGUUUAUGACAUAAACAAGAUAGCGAGAGACAAUGAAGAGUAAACCGUGGAGUAAAAAUCAUUUGGUGGUCAAAUGAACUGACCGCUAGUGCAGUGAACAAACAUACACAAAUCCACUUAAAUUAUUAUUAUUAUUAAUUUUCUCUUUUAUUUUGUUUUUUUUUUCUUUUGUUUUAAUUCGAAUUUUUUUUUUUGCUGCUCUUUUUUGUUUAUCGAUAAUUGUUGAAUCUGUUCAUAUAAAAAACACCGUCGAAAAAUUGGUUCAUUUGUCUAAGGGACAUUACGAAUUUCAUUUUUUUUUCUUCUCAUAUUUAUAUUUUCUUAAUUUUUUUGUUAUAGUUUUUUUUUGUUUACGGUUAUACGUGUGUGUGCCACACUUGCGUCGAUUGGAUGCUUAAAUCAAUUUGCGCAUAUAUGCAAUUUGCCAUAACAGAUUGGUUUUCGAAUGGCUUCGCGAUUCAAUUGAAAUGAAGGAGCACAAUUUAUUCGUAUUUGGUUUGGCAUUGCAAAACAAUAACAACUGCGCAUCAAAUAAAAUUGUAUAUAAAAAAAUUGAGACAGCAAAUCAAUGCGAAAAAAAAGAAAGAAAAAACAAACACGUACACAUACAUACGCAAACACAGACAUACACACACGCUCUUUGAAUUGUUUUAACAUACAAAUUUAAAUUAACGAUGAUAAAACUGAGAUAUGAUUUAAAUGAAGAAGAAAAAUGAAAACAAUGCCCGUAGUUGAGAUGUACAAUAAAAUUUAAAUGAGAUAA